AUGAAUGGAACGAAAGGCCCGUUAAAUAGUCCUCUAGAUAGUCCUCCAACAAGGUCUUUAUUUGAAUUUACUGAAAAAUCUGUUUUAAACCCUGUUUUAACUCUCGAUUUUCGCGUUUGCAGGUAUACCACCGGUGUCAUGGCAUUCUGUUUUGUGGUGGGUACCAAAAUUGAGAGCGCCAUUGUAGUUAAAGGCGAGGCAGGAAUGAGCAUUGCGGAACUCAAGGAUGCAAUCUACAAGAUGAAAAAGAAGUAUUUUGAAAAACAAGAAUAUGAUCCCAGCGAUUUGCAACUAUGGAAGGUGGAUAUUCCUGGCGAUGCAGAAAACGAUAAAUUCGUUAAACUGAGAACACUUGAAAGCAGAUCUCAUAAUGAAGAUACUAUUAUACAAGAGCUCGAAGGACAAAAGUUGACUAUAUUUAAGGAUUUUGGUGACGUUUUUAAUAGUAGCUCGAAGAACAUCCGCAUCCUCGUGCAACCGCCACCGCCUGCCACCACUGGCCUUAAACGGCCAAUUUCUGAUCAAAAUAUGAGACCUCGUAAACUUGUGAAGACCGAUGGUCCCGUGGAUGUAUCAGAAAAUUUUUGUGUUCCAUUUGAGGAGCUGGAUUCAACCCGUAUCCUGGGGGAUGCCAUAGCACAAAAUUUGUGCGUAUUCUUAGUACGACAUUUUCAAUCGGGAAAAACAUCUGUAUUACAUUAUUUAAGUAAUACCAAAGCAAAUUAUUUUUAUGUACACUCUUCAAAAUUAUUGGAUGGAUUCCUGUCUGGGUUGUGCAAACUGCUUUCCUUGAAUCAGUGUUCUAGCUGUGCCAGUUUUUGUGAUGCACUUGAGAAUAAAUACAAGGAGAAAAUAGUAAUUCUGAUUGAUGAAUUUGAUCGAUUCUUAUAUAACAGCAAGAAAAACAAAAAUUUUGAAUGCAUGAUUGAUGAAAUAAGAGAACUUACCAAACUCAUAAGUGAUAAGUCGAUUGGAAUCAAGUCUAUCGUUUACACUGGCACUUACUCAAUUGUUGCCAUGCUAAAAGACGGCGUUCCACAAAUUAGAAAGGUCAUUGAAUCAGCAUCACAGGAGAGCAUUGACAGUUUAUCAGGUGGUGACAGUUUAUUUGGGGAAGAAAGCGAAAGUGAAAGUUUAUCACAUGCUAGUAAACUUUUAGAACCUGAACCAAUUCCAUCUCCAUUAAACUCUGCUAAAACAAUACAGGCAUCUGAUUUCACUAGAGAACAGCAUAUGUCGUUUUUCAAAGAUAUCCAAGAAGAUAGGGAUAUUAGGAUAAACGAAGAUGUCCUAAAUGAUAUUUAUAGUGUCACUAACGGUUACGCCGGCUUAGAGGGUCUUUUGGCAUCGUUAUGCAUGGAAUAUUCUGUCAACGAAAAAUCUCUUGAAUUUGACAAGUGGAAUGAACGUUUCACGGAAUUUAGACGCAAUCCAACAAACCAUCAGAUUAAGGCGGUUAAUCACAUAGAAAAACACCUUUCCGAUCGUGAUGACAAACUUAUUGAAAAUGCUAAGAAUCUUUUAGAACGCUUCCUUCGAAGGGGGACUUUAUAUUCAUCGGAAAUCCGUGGGGAUGACAUAAGCGCCAUCAUGCACCUACAAGCAAUUGGCAUAAUAAAGGAUCUGGGCAGUGAACUUUUUGGGUUCACAUCUAAUAUCAUCUCUGAUUUAUUAUCAACCAACUAUUAUCCUUUAUAUAGAAAGGGGCUUGGAGCAAUCCCAGAUAUUAAUGAACCUCAAAAUUUCCUGAAAGAUGUCUUAGGACUUUUAACAUUCAUUCACCAUGAUGUAAUUUUUCAUCCUUUGGCCGCCAAUUUACACUCUUUCUCCGAAGCAAUUGUCCAAGGGGAACUUUAUGCCUUAUUACGCUCAGCUGUGUCUAAUCCGGUAUUCCGCCUCUUUCGUGAAACUCGAACUCUGAAAAGAUCUGAAAAAAAAUGCGAUCUUUGGUUGUGUAGUGACAGUAAAGAGUAUGGAAUUGAGUGCAAGGUUAAUUACGUUUCUAAUGAUGAAAUCGAUAGUGCAACUAAGCAGGCACUUGGGUACACAAAAGGACGGAAAAAUGCAUGUUCUAUGUUUCUCCUUAACUUUGUGCCAUCCGAUAGUAUUUCUGAAAAUCAUGAUUUUUAUUUUCCAUGUGUAAACCGUGGGGAAGGAUUCUACUUUGCAGUAGUACACAUAUUAUAUUCUAAAGCAAAUCGAAAUGCACAGAUCUUUCUCCAUGAUGAGGAACCCGAGGAAAUUCCUUUUGCAACAGAAAGAUAA